AUGCGGCAGGACCCUACCCACGAACUCCGACCCCGACCCUCGACCAACGGCUCCUCGCAGAAUGGCUCCUCCCCGCACACCAACGGCGCGACGAAGAAUGGCGUGGCAGCGGAGAUGGAGACCAACGGCUACCACGGCACGAACGGCACAAUGACUGUGGGAGGGCAGCAGAAUACGUCUCCGUUCUAUGGGCAUGAUAGAGAGGAGGUGACGAGGAUCUUGCUGCAGAGUCUGAAUGAUCUGGGAUAUCAUGGGGCGGCGAAGCAGUUGAGCAGUGACAGUGGGUUUGAGCUGGAGAUACCGAGUGUCGCGGCUUUCAGACGGGCGGUGCUGGAGGGCGAGUGGGAGGAGGCGGAGGUGUUGUUGUUGGGGCAGGAGGAGGCAGAGGGUGGGGUUGCGUUGGGAGGUGGAAGGGCGGUUAGUCCGACGUGGCGAAAGAGCAGGUUGUCGGUCGGGAGUCAGAAUGGAUUUGCGAGGCACGGGCUGCCGUUAUCGGACGGAGCGGACACGACUACGCUCAAGUUUCUGCUCCGGCAGCAGAAGUACCUCGAACUGCUGGAGGGUCGGGAUCUCAAUACUGCGCUGAACGUGUUGAGGAACGAGCUCACACCACUCAAGCGGGAUGUUCCACGAUUACACGCUCUGUCAGGGCUGCUGAUGUGUCAAUCAGAAGACGACCUCCGAUCACAAGCAGAAUGGGACGGCUCCCAAGGUUCCAGUCGAACCCAUCUGCUCUCCGAGAUCUCGCGCUCCAUCUCCCCCUCCGUCAUGAUCCCCGAACAUCGCCUCGCCACCCUCCUCUCCGAAGUCCAAGAACAGGAAAUCCUCAACUGCCAAUACCACAACACCACCGCCCAACCCAGCCUCUACACCUCCCACGCCUGCUCCGCCGACGACUUCCCCCUCCAACCCCUCACCGAGCUCCGCAACCACUCCGACGAAGUCUGGCACCUCCAAUUCAGCCACGAUGGCAGCAUGCUCGCGACGGCGGGUAAGGAUGGACUGGUAUGCGUCUACGACACCGCGCGCUGGACUAUUCGCCACGAGUUCCGCGAGCACGAGCGUAGUAACACGCCCGCCGGCGAUCGCGGGGUCGUGUACGUGGCUUUCUCCCCGGAUGAUCAAUACCUCAUCUCCUGCUCGCAGAACAACGAGUUCGUCGUCGUGAACGUGCGGGAUGGGCGACGAGUGGCAGUGGCGGAUCACUUCGACUACCCUGUCUCGACAGCCGCGUGGCUGCCAGACUCCCAGACAUUCGUCGUGGGGACGCAAGGCUCAAGAAGGCCUUUGGGACUGUACAGUUUGCGUGUGAGUAACGGUGGAGGUGGAGGCGGGGUGGUGCGGAAUAACGAGAUCCACUCGUUCCGCGUGCCGCCUUGGACGCCCUCUCCUUCUCGGAAUGGGAAUGGAAACGGAAACGGCAAUGGGGACGCGGCGUCUACGUUCCGCAUCUCCGACUGCGCCGUCUCCCCCGACGGGUCACGCUUAGCGGCUACGACGCUGGACAAUAACCUCCUCCUCUACGACCUCCGCUCGCGCACCAAAGUGGCCGAGUGGCCGAUGCAGGAUAAAUUGACCUCCGUUACUUUCUCCGCCGACGGGCGGGAAGUGCUGCUGAACAUGAACGAAGGCCGCGUCUUCCUAGUGAACGUCGCUACCGGGGAAGUUGUCAGGUGGUUCGAGGGCGUAGCGCAGCGACAAUUCGUCGUGCGGAGUUGUUUUGGCGGUGCCGGGUGGGAGGGCGAAGGGGGCUUUGUGGGGAGUGGGAGUGAAGAUUCCCGAAUCUACAUCUGGCGCCGGCAAACGGGCCUCCAAGUCGCUGCGCUCGACGCGCACGCUUCGGGGGCGGUGAACGCGGUGGCGUGGCAUCCGACGGAUUUCUCGGUGCUGGCGAGCGCGGGGGAUGAUCGGAGGAUGGACGAGCGCCACACGCCUCCGACAACAGGCACAAGCACAAGCGCCGCAGCUGGAGGCGGGGCCCGGGGCGUCGAGGAGUAG